GCGCAGGCGCAACUGGCCAGGAGUCCGGCCAGCGGUCCCCGAGCCUGCGGUCGCACCGGAGCCGCUGCCGCCACUGCCACCGUUCACCAUGGGCCUGGGUCCCCGGCUGCUACCUCUCGUGCUUUGCGUGGGGCUCAGCGCGCUCCUACCUUAUGCGGGAGCCUCGGGCGUUCGCAAGCGAGGUCCCUCUGUGACGGCCAAGGUCUUCUUCGACGUGAGGAUUGGAGAUAAAGAUGUUGGCAGAAUUGUGAUCGGCCUCUUUGGAAAAGUUGUGCCCAAGACAGUGGAAAAUUUUAUCGCUCUGGCAACAGGCGAGAGAGGAUACGGAUAUAAAGGAAGCAAGUUUCAUCGUGUCAUUAAAGAUUUCAUGAUUCAAGGAGGAGACUUCACCCAUGGAGACGGCACUGGUGGUAUAAGCAUUUAUGGAGAGACUUUUCCAGAUGAGAACUUCAAAUUGAAGCAUUAUGGCAUUGGGUGGGUCAGCAUGGCCAAUGCUGGACCUGACACCAAUGGCUCUCAGUUCUUUAUCACCUUAACCAAGCCCACCUGGUUGGAUGGCAAACAUGUAGUAUUUGGAAAAGUCAUCGAUGGAAUGACAGUGGUCCACUCCAUCGAACUGCAGGCAACUGAUGGGCAUGACCGUCCACUCACCGACUGCUCCAUCAUCAACAGCGGCAAGAUAGACGUGAAAACGCCCUUCGUGGUAGAGGUUGCUGACUGGUGAUCCAGCUGGCAGAAAACAAAGAACAACACAUUCUGGUGGGGCGUGUGUGUGUGUGUGUGUGUGUGCACGUGCGCGUGCACAUACACCUGUCUUUUGAUUCCUCAAAGUUAGUGUUUUCCUUUGUUCUUUAACUUUCUUCUGUUUUCCACCCCAGAUCACAGGAGAGGUAGAAAAAUCAACCACUGAACAUUUAGUUCCCAUGACUUUUGGUAUAUCACUUGUUGAGGAGUUUCCCACUUUAAGAUACAUAUCCUUUUCCUUCAAUGGUGCUAUUUAUAAACUAGCAAACUUUGUACUGGCUAUUUUCUUUUGAGAAACACCGUUAUUACUCUGCUGAAUUUAUCGUGAUCCCCAAAUUGAGUCAUGCUAAAGAUUAUCUGAAGAAGAUGGGGACAAGAAGCUUAUUGUUUUGUAUUCAAACACAAAUUCGUUUCCAGAAAAGGGAGAUCUGAUUAGUAUUAUCUGAUGUAUGUCACAGGGACUUUUGCCUGAUGAAAGGUGCUUUGGUGUCCUCUAUUAUUAAAUACUUUUUACGUAGAGGAAUUAUUUUUGCAGGGCUUUUUUUUUUUUUAUCCUCAUGUUCUUUUAAAAAAAAAUAAUGUACAGGAGUUCCCAUAAUGGCUCAGUGGUUAGCGAAUCCAACCAGGAACCAUGAGGUGGCGGGUUCAAUCCCUGGCCUUUCUCAGUGGGUUAAGGAUCUGGUGUCGCUGUGAACUGUGGUGUGGGUUGCAGACGCGGCUCAGAUCUGGUGUUGCUGUGGCUGUGGUGUAGGCCGGCGGCUACAGCUCCAAUUCGACCCCUAGCCUGGAAAUCUCUAUAUGCCAUGGGAGCGGCCCAAGAUAUGGCAAAAAGACUAAAUAAAUAAAUAAAUAAAUAAAAAUAAAAAUAAAUAAAAUUUUAAAAAUUAAAAAAUAAAAAUAAAAAAGUAAUGUACAAAAAUACAUGCACUCUAUAAUGUUGAAAGUGAACAGAUUAGAAAGGGUUCUGUACAUCAAAAUAUGAACACAACUGGAUAACUUGGGAUGGGGAUGCACAAAAGUCAUGCCCAAGUGCAUCCCAAAUAUUUAAGCUGAUAAUUCACUAAUUUUUCCUCAGUGUAAGAGGUUUAGAAAGUUCCCUUGAGUCCAGGUGCAACAAAAAGGAAUCUUUUCUCACUUGCAUAGUGGGGAUAACGAUUCGGGCUGUACUUACACUAGAUGGACAGCAAAUCCUAUUGGUGGGGACUUGGGCUUACCUGGCUGUAACUGAGUGGGCCUGGUUUCUGAACAGAUGGGCACGGGGCUGUUAGACAACAGCCCCGACACUCCUCCUCUAGGUCCAAAAAAAUUCCAGCUUUUGAGUUAUGUUCUAAUAAAGCUGCUUUAAUGAGAAAUGA